CCGGGGAGGGGAAAAAAACGCGCUGAAAGAAGCCUGGCAUAGUUUUGUAAGAAUUGUGGAAAAAGAUGUAAGGAAGCUUCCCAGCGCUCUACUCGGGAUGGGAAACGGGAUUACUGUCCAUGCUGAAACACACUGUGGAUGUCAGAAUAAACCAGGAGGAGAUACUCGGGGAUGACUGGAUUCUAAAGCCUUUUAUUUUUUUUCUCGAAAUGGGAACUAACUGUGUUCAAUUUCGCUGUAGUGCAAAGAUUUCCGUGGGUGUGUGUGGGAUGUUGUGUCAGGGCUAAAGCCCAUCCCUCUCCCAUGAGCCUGUGUGCCCACUCACAAACACGGCGCCCAGACGCACACACCCGGCGCCCACGCACUCACAGCCGGCACUGACGCUGUGAACUGGACCCUCAGAGCCCCUGGCGGAUCCCAGACAAGCCAAGCGGAGCCGAGUCUAGCCCACUUGGAGCCUGAGGAUGUCAACAGAGACGGAGCUACAGCCAGCGGUCAGGCCCAGCAGCGUCAGACGGGACUCAAAGAGAAAAGGGCAGGAUCGCAGCGAGGCAGCUCUCAUCAGGCGUUUUAAGGGCGAUGGCGUCCGCUACAAGGCCAAACUCAUAGGCCUGGACGAGGUCACUGCCGCCCGCGGAGACAAACUCUGCCAGGACUCCAUGAUGAAGCUCAAGGGUAUAGCGGCAGCAGCGCGGUCUAAAGGAGAACACAAACAGAAGGUGUUUCUGACUGUUUCCUUUGGAGGGAUCAAGAUCUUUGAUGAGAAGUCGGGGGUCCUUCAGCACCACCAUGCAGUCCACGAGAUCUCCUACAUUGCCAAGGACAUCACGGACCACAGAGCCUUUGGCUACGUUUGUGGGAAGGAAGGGAAUCACCGCUUUGUGGCCAUCAAAACUGCACAGUCGGCCGAGCCUGUGAUUCUGGACCUACGGGACUUGUUCCAGCUCAUCUAUGAGAUAAAGCAGAGAGAAGAGAUGGAGAAGAAGGCCCAGAAAGACAAGCAGUGUGAGCAGGCAGUCUACCAGACAAUACUGGAGGAGGAUCUGGAGGACCCGGUCUACCAGUACAUUGUGUUUGAGGCGGGACACGAACCCAUCCGUGACCAGUCAGAAGAGAGCAUUUAUCAGGUUCCCACCAGUCAGCAGAAGGAAGGGGUCUAUGACGUCCCAAAGCGACACCCAAAUGGACAUCAAAACACCCCCCGCCAUCUUCAUCAGCGUCAUCAUUAUCAUGAACAACCUCUCCAACAACAGAAAAGUGAACAUCAGCAGAGGCAGCAGGCAGAUCUGAUAGACUUAGACCUGGGAAUGGUUACUCAGAAUAUCAGCCAGUUAGAGAUUUUCGGAGACAUGUCUACACCUCCUGACAUCACCUCUCCAUCAACCCCUGCCUCUCCUGCCAACACCCUCGACCCCUCGCAGGGCCUGCAGCCCCCCACUGAACUGUUUGCUCCCUUCAAUCCUGCGUCUGUGCCCUCAGGUUAUGUGACGAUGGGGGCAGUACCUCCGGGGCACUGGUCCCAGCAGGCGUUUGCUGCUCAGACACCGCUGGCCUUCGGGGUCCAGUCUCCUCUCGGCCCCGUAGCCCAGGUUCUGCCCAGCGGCCAGCCUCUGAUCUGGGGCCAGGCCAACAUCUUCCCCGCCACCCAGCAGCAGUGGGCAGCCAUGGCGGCCGGAGCCUUCCCCCCUACAGCCUACCUCCCUGCCCAGCCGGUGGGCACUCUGCCCGCUGCGAUGUUCCAAACCCUCACCCCUGUCACGACUCUGACUCCAGCCGGCGAGAGCCAUUCAUCUGCUGGAGCCAGCGCCUCGGCCCUCUCCCCAUCAGCAUCGUCGAGUCCUCAGCACGGGGAGAGGGGAAAGAAAAUGGGCAAGGAGAUGUUCAAGGUGGAUUUCCAGCUGGCAAAGCCUCCAGCGAUGCCGUCAAAGAAGGCCGAUCAGCCCAGCUUAGCAGGAACCACAGAGGCAUUCAGCACUUACUUCAGCCGUGUGGGCACGGCCCAGGACACGGACGACUGUGACGACUUUGACAUUUCUCAAAUGAAUCUCACACCGGUCACCUCCACAACACCGUCCACCAACUCCCCACCCACACCAGCUCCUAGGCAGAGUCCUCCAUCCAAAUCCUCAGCUUCUCAUGUCAGCGACCCCCCCACGGAUGCCACAGACCCCCCCACAGAUGACUCAUUUGGAGAAGCAGACGGCAGUCCUAGCCGCAGCGGAGAGGAAGAUGCUGCAUGUGGUUCUGGGUCGCCCUGCCCCAGUGAGACAGCAGAGCCCAGCCCAGAACAGGCCAGUCCAGAGGCUGGGAGCUAGAUAGCAGCAGGGCAUGAAGGGGAAGGACCCUCUCUACGCCCAGAUCAACAAAGGGAAGAAAUAAAGAGAGUCACAAGAAGACAGACCAGACCAGCACCGAGAGAACAGGAGGAGAACCCUUUACCUCUGAGAGUGUGUUAGUGUGUGUGUCUGCGUGUGUGUGUGUGCAUGUCUGGCACAUCCGUGCCUGCCAAGCCCUUCCUCUUCUCUUUCUGCUAACAACCUCCCAGGAGGAGCCUCAAUGCUCCCACAGACCUCCUCCUCCUCCUCUCUGCAGUCUUUCCUCCUCCUGAGAGGAGAGAGCCCUCUCGGUCAUUCACUCCAGCUAGGAGGGAUAUCAAUCACUGAGACAGAUCCUGCUCUCCAUCCACUGCGCUGUCUUCUCCUCUCUUCUCUUCUCCCUGUGGCGACUCACACCCAGCCUUACAGACAUAACCUGCUCCUUUUCCUCCUUCCCUCCUUCCUCCUUUGCUCUCACAGUCUUUCCUCUGCCUCCCGUGUCUGGCCAGAAACUCUGCUGCCAAGAAGGGGACUGAGUCAAGCAGUGCCUCCCUGUCUCCAACACACACACACAACCACACACACACACUCAUCGUUUUAAUGGACAGAAUCUGCAUCUGUAGCGAGGAGAUCCCACAGGAGGAGCUAAACUCUAACUGGGCCUAUUAGAGACGGCCCAUUAUCAGGAUCACUGCUUCUGAUUGGUCGGCUCAUUCAGGCUUUUUCUCCCCCACGCUUGUGAGUGUCUGCUGGAUCACUAUGCAGAAACAGACUCUCUGGGAGCUGCUCACACACCAACAAAAAACAUACUUUUUGCACACACACACACAGCUAUGCCCCACCCUACGUACCCUGCAUCCACACAGUAAUUUGCCAAACGUCUACUUGCAGACACACUCGCACAGAGGCCAGAGGACCAGACACGCCGAGGAACGGACCCUGAGAGGGAAGUGUUGCAAAUUAAACAGAUUCUGUGAUUGAACUGUUCAUUCUCUAUAGCUUUUGUAUAAUAAUGAUUUAAAAAAAAAAGGAAAAAAAAGAUCAAACUGAAAAAAAAAAAUUUUAAUUUUUAUUUUAUAAGUCAAUCAAGCCGCUGGGGUCAGCUCUACAGGAAAUAUAGAGUCAACAUGGCUUUAAGGCAUCUGAUCGUUGGUUUGCCAAACUCAUUUUGUAAAUAAUGAUAACAACAACCAUUCUGUCCACUGGACUUCUGUGCCAUAGAAUAGGAAGGCUUCAGUUAUGCAAAUUCUUAACAUUAAUCCAAGCAAUACCAGCAUUUCUUUUCUUUUUCCAUGUUUCGCUUCUCCUUGUUUGCAUGGAUAUGGGUCUUUUUUUAAUCACAGCUUAACGUACUAACUCCCAUCUCCUACAAUAAACCAUGCACUAGACCCCUCUUUGUCUUCUUGAGCCCCUCAAAUAUUAUUUUUAGCCAGAGAAGAGAAAAAACAGCCUCCAUGGCUGAUGUCACCCGAUUCCUGUGUGCCACAGCAGAAAGAUCAUUUUUAUGUUACAGGCAGCAGACACGGUCUCACUCGCUGUAGCCAGGACUCCACUUUCCUCCAUCCCAUCCAACCCAAAACCACUCCUUAAGAUAACAGUGAUGCUCUGUCCGUUUGUCUGCCUGUUGGUCAGGUGCCAAAACUCCUGCCGUCCGAGUACAGACUGCAGUAUCCUCUGCUACAGCUAUAUUAACUGUGAUGCCAGUGACUCCCUAUUUUAUGGCCAGAGUCCCUCAUAUCACUCGAAAACUCUUUUGGACUUACAAUGUUGAUUAACGUAAAAACUUUGACAACUAGAAGACAAGCAAAGAAGUUGAAUAAAAAGGGAAACGUUGCUGUUUAAGUACAUAACAUUUCUAGACCUGUUUUAACUUUACCUCAGCUAACAGUUUCUUAAUGUAAAUCGACAUAUUAUUUUUAUCUUUAUGAAUAUGACAUUCUACAGUGGGUUUUUAGAUGAUUUUUUUCUUUUGGUUCUAUCUUGAUUUACGUAUUCCACCAUGUAAUACCUGUUACAAAUAAACACACCCCAAAUGAUUAAUAA